AAACUAAGCCCCACAGAAACCUCGCCCCGUUUCACCCCGCUACCCUCGUUUCAACCCUAGUUUCUCUGCUCGUUGAUCUCGUUACCUGGUCGUUACCUGGACUAUCGGCCAGCUCGCGCAAGGAUUUCCCAGCCAUGGCGGCUGUGGAAGAGCCCGUGCAGGCCAAUGGCGGCGCCGCGCCGGAAGAUCCGGCUAUUAACGGGGAGGUUCAGGCGCGCGAUUGGGGGACGGCGGAAGAGCAAGCGGCGCGCGGGCGUGCGCCGAUUAAGAAGGAGUACCUGAUGCCGCCAGGUGGCAGAAAGGGAUUGGCCGCGGCGGGCGAAACGGGGAAGGCGGGGGAAGCGAAAGAGGGCGGGGAGGGGCAGGGGGGAGAAGGCGGAAAGGGGAAGGCGGAAAAGGGGAAGGCGGAGCAGAGGCUGAGUCACCGCGCGCUGAAGAAGCAGCGGAAGCAGGCCCUCGCGACUCAGCCGUGCAACACUGUAGCGCGUACAGGCGACCCGGCCUCGUGUCCGUUUGGCGACACGUGUCGCUUCAGCCACGACCUAGAGAUCAUCCGCGCGCAGCUGCCGCCCACCCUGGAAGGCACCUGCCCCUUUGCCGCCCUCCGCCGCCCCUGUCCUUUCGGCCUGGCUUGUCGUUUCCGGGACGAGAAGCACGGGAAGAUUCCAGGAAGCGGCGCAGAUGGAGCAGAGGGAGGGGAAGCGGGGGGGGGGAAGGGGAAGGGAGAGGGGGAAGGUGCGGGGAAGAAAGGGGAGGAUGCUGAAGGGGGAGAGGGGAAGGAGGUGGGGGAGAAGGGGGGUGAGAAGGGGAGUGAGGUGAGGUACCCAGGAGAGGUCAAUAUGCUGGAUAAGGGACUGCAGUCUAAGCUGUGGAAGAGACAGGUGGACAUGCCCAGAGCCGUUGAUGCGCUUCAACGGAUCGGAUGGACGCGCAAGGUGAAGCCCAGAGGCGAGGCGAGUCUCAUGCCGGAUCUAGAUGAAAACGCGGAGGGGGAGGAGGAGGGGGAGGAGGGGGAGGGGGGGGAGGAGGGGGAGGAGGGGGAGGAGGGGGAGGAAGCUGAGGGGGGGAUGGGGGAGGUUGACAGGGAGGGGCGGAGGAAGGGCGCACUAGCAGCUGCGGCUACAGCCGCUGAAGAGACAGCAGCAGCAGUAGCUACAGCCGCCAAGGGUGCGGCUGUAGCAGCUGGGGGGGCGGCUGCAGCAGCAGCAGCAGGGGCAGCAGCAGAGGUGGUGAAGGAAGGGAUAGGGGCCAUAGGGAAAGAACAAGAAACGGAUAAAGAGGCAAAGGUGGGGGAUGAUAAAGAGCUCCGUCUCCCCUCCCGAGAGAAAAAGCCCGUCGAUUUCAAGGGUAAACUGAUCGUCGCGCCGCUGACCACCGUGGGUAAUUUACCCUUCCGCCGCGUGUGCUGCUCGUUCGGCGCGGACGUGACUAUAGGCGAGAUGGCGAUGUGCGCCAAUCUGCUACAGGGGCAGGCGUCGGAGUGGGCUCUGCUGAGGCGGCACGAGAGCGAGAAGUGCUUUGGCGUGCAGCUCUGUGGGCCGCACCCUGAUAUGGUCGCCAAGGCCGCUGAACUCGUGGCUGAGAACUGCCAGGUCGAUUUUGUCGAUCUUAACGUUGGCUGCCCGAUUGACAUUGUGGUUAACAAGGGCUCGGGGUCCUCUCUCCUGCGCAAGCCACAGCGGCUGGAGCAGGUGGUCCGAGCUGCAUCGCUUGCAAUUGACGUGCCGCUCACUGUCAAGAUGCGAACUGGAUACGCUGAGGGGCACAACGUGGCCCACCGCUACAUCCCGCACCUGCUGGACUGGGGCGCUACAGCCGUCACCCUGCACGGCCGCACUCGCCAGCAGCGCUACAGCCGGCUGGCCGACUGGGAGUACAUUGGGGAAUGCGCCUCAGUCAAACCGGCAGGGCUGCAGUUCAUAGGCAACGGCGAUGUGUUGGCAUACACGGAUUGGAACCAGCACACGGCCAAUGGGAGCGCGACAGCUGUCGAUUCGUGCAUGCUGGCCCGUGGUGCGCUCAUCAAGCCGUGGCUACUGACAGAGAUCACGGAGCAGCGCCACUGGGACAUCUCAGCUACAGAAAGACUGGACAUGCUGCGCUCGUUCACGCGCUACGGGCUGCUGCACUGGGGCUCCGACUCUAGGGGCGUGGAGACCACAAGGCGCUUCCUGCUGGAGUGGCUGAGCUACCUGCACCGCUACGUACCCGUGGGGCUGCUGGACAUGGUGCCUCAGCGCAUCAACUGGCGGCCACCGGCCUUUUACGGGCGGAACGACCUCGAGACACUCUUUGGGUCGGACCAACCGCAGGAUUGGGUCAAGAUAUCUGAAAUGCUGUUGGGCCCUCCACCUCCGAGCUUCCGUUUUGUUCCAAAGCACAAGUCCAACUCAUAUGACGCUGCUGAGAAUGGUUGAUUUGCAGCUGUGUGCACGCCUCCCAAGUUUUUUUUUUUAGCUGUCAUCUGGAUUUUUUCAGUCAGUAUUAUUCCUUUGACAUUUCAAGAUUCCAGAAGUCGGCUUCCGGGGCUUCUAAUACCAUACACUUCCAUCGGGCUGUGUUCUAGUGUAUCUGUCGAAAUAUAGUUAAG